GUUGAUAGCAUACAAGCUAUAAGUCGAUCACCAGCAGUACCUUAUAGGCGUUAUCAUGAACCACGAAUUCCUGAAUUCAUUGAGGGGGAAGAUGUGGAGAGUUUUUUCAUUCGUUUUGAACGUAUUGCAAGAACGUGGGGAUGGCUAAUGGAUGAAUGGGCGGCUCGAGUUGUCACUCUGUUAACAGGCAAGGCCUUGGAAGCGUAUGCUGGCAUGGAUGAACAACGAUCCGGUUCCUACGAGGACAUCAAGGCGGCAGUACUAGCUAAGUACAAUGUAAUGGAGGAGACUUAUCGCCAGCGCUUCAGGAGUAUCACAGUGCCAUCUGGUGAGAGUGUCAGAGAGACCUAUAAUCGAAUUAAAGGGUUGUAUAAGAGGUGGAUGCGACCUGAAGUCAAGGCUAAGGACCAGAUAGGAGAGACCAUCAUUCUUGAACAGUACUUGAGGAUUCUUCGUCCAGAUGUGAGGACUUGGGUUAAGGAAAAUCAACCCCAGACGGGAGAGGAAGCUGCGAGAUUGGCAGAGAGGUAUAUGGCCGCACAUCGGGAACCGCAACGGACUUACAGAGUUACUGUGGGUAAGGGUAAAGCUGAGGAGCCCAGUGAUCAAACUGUGGGAGUAGGGGGAAAAACUUCUACUUUUGCUAAGGGGCCUCUGAUCUGUUAUUACUGCCAGCAGCCUGGGCAUAAGGCAUCUCUUUGCCCAUUAAGAAACCCCAAGGUAAUGAACAUGUGUUAUGUUCCCCGAGAGGAGUGGACUAAUGAACUGGUGAAAACCAUGAACAAACAUAGACAUAUCCUAUCAGUAAUUGUCAAUGGUCAUCCUGCUGAAGCACUUGUAGAUACGGGGAGUACACAAACCUUGGUAAAAUCACAUUUACUGAACUGUGAAAUGUUAAACUAUGGGGAUACAGUGUGUUUAGGAUGUGUACAUGGGGAAGAAAAGGCCUAUCCAACGGCUGAUGUAACCAUGGUUAUUGAUGAACAGGCAUUUUUCCUGAAGGUGGGGGUAAUUGACAAUCUGGCAUAUGAUGUGGUGUUAGGUGAUGAUUUUCCUUCUUUAACUGAUCUGGUCAAUGCAAACCCUAAAACUUGUGCAGUAGUAACCCGAUCACAAACUAAAGGGCUACAACCCCUACCCAAUGCUCAUGCAGAUUUGUUUGGGUCUGGGGGGAAGAUCAUGAAGAGUAAAAUACAACGAAAGCAAGAAAAACAUAAGGGGAAAGUUAAGGCCCAGGAUAUUGUACCAGGACUCCCUGGACCUGAGUCAGAUGUUAUUGAUCCUCCAUGGAGAGUGCCUGACAAUUUUGGGGAAUUGCAGAGGUCCGAUGUUACCUUACAACCUCUGUAUCAACAAUUGUGAGAGGUAGAUGGUAAGCCGGUAGGUGUACCACAGUUUGGUGGGGAUCAGUAUAUCUUAAAAGACAAUCUUUUGUAUAUGGCAAACACAGAGAGUCCCAGAUUGGUUGUGCCUACUGAACUGUGUAAGAUGAUCUUACAUCUGGGUCAUACUAUACCCUGGUCUGGACAUCUAGGUCAGCAGAAAACGUAUGGACAUAAUUGGUCCUUUAGUGAAGACGAGUUCAGGUAACCAAUUUGCCCUGGUAAUUUGCGACUAUGCAACUCGAUAUCCAGAAGUGUACCCUUUGCGGUCAAUCCAGGUUAAACAUAUUGUGAAAUGUUUAAUUGAUCUGAUUUCUAGGGUUGGAGUACCUUCUGAGAUUAUUACUGACCAAGGGACUAAUUUUAUGGCUAAUGUGAUGAAGUUACUGUAUAACCAAUUGGGCAUUAAAGGUAUUCGAACUACACCGUUUCACCCUCAAACUGAUGGGUUAGUUGAGCGCUUUAAUGGCACACUGAAAAGCAUGCUUAAAAAAUUUGUGGCUGAGACCGGUAGAGAUUGGGAUAAAUGGAUUCCUUUCCUUUUGUUUGCAUACAGAGAGGUGCCCCAAUGUUCAACUGGUUUCUCUCCUUUUGAGCUUUUGUAUGGCAGGCAAGUUCGAGGUCCCCUGGACAUGCUCAAAGAGGAGUGGACGGCAGAGAAACCAGCCCAGCGCAGUGUCGUCUCUUAUGUACUGCAGAUGAGGGACAAGUUGGAGACAUUCCGGACUUUGGCCAAAGAAAAUCUACAAGAUGCCCAGAAGAGACAGAAGGUAUGGUACGACAAUCAUGCCAGAGAAAAAGACCUAAAACCUGGACAGAAAGUUCUAGUACUGUUACCCUCAGGUGCGUGCAAACUGUUGGCCAAGUGGCAAGGUCCAUAUGUCAUAACCCGAAAACUUGGCCCUGUAACAUAUGAAAUUCUGUGUCCUGAAAGAAAGCGUCCUAAACAGAUCCUUCAUGUCAACCUGUUGCGGGAGUUUAAGGAGAGGGGGCUGGAACCUAAAGAUCAAGUAGUACUGAUGGUGCGGGCAGUCGUGGAGGAAGAAGAUGAAUUAGAGAUGGAGCCACCUCGACUUUCAGCAGAAGAUCCUGGCCUUAAUUCACAUUUAAGUGAACAACAAAAACAACAACUGGCAGAGGUACGUCAAUCCUUUCCAUCUCUCUUCCAGGAAAGACCGGGGCGUACCAAAGUAGUCACCCACAACAUUAUCUUGAAAGAGGAAGUUCCAAUUCGACAGAAGCCUUAUCGAGUUCCCGAGAGGAUGGUAGAGAAACUGAAGGAGGAGAUUGAAACUAUGUUGGAGAUGGGAAUCAUCGAACCUUCCCAAAGUGAGUGGUCAAGUCCCAUACUUCUGGUACCUAAGAAAGAUGGUGGACUGAGGUUCUGUACCGAUUUUAGAAAACUGAACAGCGUAUCCUGCUUUGAUUCCUACCCAAUGCCUCGAAUAGACGAACUGAUUGAAAAGCUGGGUAAAGCACAUUACAUGACUACACUAGACCUAUGUAAAGGAUACUGGCAAGUGCCCCUUGACCCAUCGUGUAAGCCGUACACUGCAUUUCGUGCCCCCACUGGACUAUAUCAGUAUAAUGUAAUGCCUUUUGGGUUACACGGAGCACCAGCAACGUUCCAGAGACUUAUGGACGAUGUACUUGCUGGAUGUGAUCAAUAUGCAGCAGCAUAUUUAGAUGAUGUAGUAAUAUAUAGUGGCACAUGGCAGGAACAUUUAGAUCAUCUUAGAGAGAUCCUAGGAAGGCUACAGCAAGCUGGACUCACAAUUAACACCACCAAAUGCUCGUGGGCAUAA